CGCGCACUGGAAUUUUGACGUGUUGCUUCUCCAUUUGACAUAACCUCAAAAUUUUCCCACGCUGUUUUUAGUGUUUUUUCUGCAGUUUCUCUUUAUUCCUUCUUAAAAUUGAGAUUAUUAGUAAAUUCCUGGGGUGAAGUGCAAUGGGAAGGACAAAGAAGUCACCAAAGAAGCUUCCGGAAACCGGAAACAGUGAGAAAAUGGACACAGAUUCGACGGAAAAUUCCUCGGCAGUGCCUGCAAAUCCUCCUCCAGACACCAAUAAACCCUUAAAUCCUUCUUCCAAAAAGUCCGCCCCUGCAAAGGCAAAGAAAGGAAAUGAUGUUCCUCGUGGCAUUCCCAAGAGUGGUCGUGUCUGGAAGUCUCAGAAGCAGAAAUUUUCCACCAUCAAGAAAUCCCUCCACAGAAGAACAUUCGAGAAGAAAGAGCAACUUCGCGAAGAAAUCAAGCAAAUCAAGGAACUCUCCAGGUCCAUCAAGGAGCAGAAGCAGCAGGAAAAAGAGCAACUGAAGCAGCGCCGUGAGGAGAAUGAAAAACGCAAACUGGAGAAUCAGCGUAAAUCCGAGAUAGUGCAGAUCAUCAAAAAUCCCGCCAAGUUGAAGAGGAUCCGGAAGAAGCAGCUGCGAAUGAUUGAGAAACGUGAUCUAAGCACAGUCAAAGCGAUUUAAUGUAAUUCCCUCAAAAUAAAGUAAAACACUUCAAAAAUCAUCAAAAGAA